AGAUAUGUUCAAGUUUUGUCCGUUAGAGCUUUAACUUUACAGUUGCAGUUUCAAACGCUUUCAUGGAGUAGUAUGGGGGAAGGGGAAUGAAGCUUUUUGUGGCAGUGGCACAUUAGUGGGGAGUUCGAUAAACUGUGCCACCAUUGGUGCCCCCCAGUUUGCGUUAGCGAGCUUUGCGCAAGUACCCAAACAAAGUGGAACAGCUGAUGGCUUUUGCCGAAUGGCUAGUAUGCGCUGGGUGGCUGGGAUGCGAGGGUGGUUGGUGUGCGUGGCGAGACCCUGCAUAGAUAAGUGUAUGCGCGUCCAUUAAAUCUCUCGGCGCUGCAAGCCAAAGCAGAUUGGGCCGUCGCGAAGGUCAGUUCACACGGGAGUGCGCGCCAAGCAACUUCGUCGGCCGUCGAAAGAGGACAGGAUAGGCGCAGAACAGGACAGGCAUGGUGGGGAGGUGGGGCAGAAGGAUAGAUAGGUCGUCACCCGGAUACAGACACAAAACUUUUCAAAGUGCCCCAGUCCCAGCAUCCAAUUGGCGUGAAAAACAUUUGUUUUGUUUCAAAUAUUUCUCGCUACAUACAGAUGAGAUGUGGGAUUUGGGUUUGGAUUCAGGCCUGGAUUUUUCAGUGUAAUAAUUAUAAAGUUGCAUAAUUCCCCACACACGCACACACCGACACAUGAUUCCAUGGAAAUGGGUUCCGCCGCAUCGAAUUUGGGCGUUGCAGUUGCAUAUUAAUGCAUUAUUGCCGUUUCGCUGGCCACUGACUUGUGGCCGCCACCAUGGAAACGUGUCGCACCUGUGCGAUUUCCAUGUUUGUCUGCGAUUUCGAAAAUGGCAGCAACAAUUUCUUGGAUCUCUAUCAUCCCAAUUGCUGGCCCAGCGAGAUGGCCCAGAUACGACUGCAGUUUGUUAACUGGAAUCUUGAGAUCUCACCAAACGACGGUCUACCCCAAAAGAUCUGCAGCGAUUGCUUUGCCAAAUUUUGCUCCAUAAACGCCUUUCGAGUGGUCUGCCAGGAGGCACAGUCGAAGUUGUCGAAUAUUUACGACAAGAUCGAUGCCAACAGCCUCGAGGAGGAUGAUCAGGAAGAUGCUUCUUCAGACCAAGUGCAAGAUGUUGAGGGAACAGGAGCAGGCACACCAACAACGAUGGUUUCAGCCGAAACUCCACCAAACACUGCCAUUGAUCCCAUAGAGAUUUUUGUGGACGAGGAGCAGGAGCUGCAGCUUGACCUCGAGGAACCCACUAGCCCGCAGCUGGCCAUUAGUUACACCUGCAAGUUCUGUCUGCGGCCCCAGGAGAGCUACCAGCUACAGCAGAUGCUGCUGGAGCACAUCAACACUAGCCACGACCCGGAGCAGCCGUACAAUUGUCCAGAAUGCGAUGCCUGUUUCCAGGAUGCGGCAUCACGCACCGUACACCUGAAGAGCUGCCACGUGGAGAAGCAGCAUACCUGUGAGGUGUGCGGCAAGAAGUACGGGGAUCGGCACAACCUCCGGCACCAUGUCGAGAAAUAUCACACGGAGACGGACUUCGAAUGUGGCCUCUGCGAGAAGCGCUUCCUCACCCGCAAAAGCCUCAACUACCAUAUGAAGUGGCACAACCCGGAACGCCAGCUCAAAUGCCGCCAAAGUGGAUGCGAGAGGCUGUUCAUCAAUCAGCGUCAUCUGAAAUGCCACGAAGCUACUCACCUCGGAGCAAGCUCCCGGAAGAGUGAGCAUUGUAGCUUUUGUGGAAAGACCUUUAUUCAUCUGAAGACUCUUCGAUGGCACAUCUACCGACAGCAUGGAGGAGUGCGAUACCCUGAGAGUAAGUAUAUGGCCGUGCUACGGCUGAGUCAUCGACCUGGCAUGCCGGUGAUUGCCAACAACAAGCGCGUCCUGCAGCAGAAGCGAGAGCGCCAAUACUCCGGACUCUUCCAGUGCGGCAGUUGCACGCAGAGGUUCAACAUGAAGUCGGCGCUGGAACGGCACUCUGCCGUCCAUUCGGAGAAGGACCGCCCGCACGCCUGUCCCCAGUGCUCCAAGCGAUUUAAACGUGUCCAGGACAUGAAGUGGCACAUCAAGACGCACGAGAAGGAGAAGCCAAACGUGUGUGAUGUAUGCGGCAAAUCCUUUGCGCUGAAGUACGUGCUAAACCAGCAUCGACGCAGCCACGAGGUCUUGGAAAAGAACUUUAAGUGCAGCACUUGCGGAAGAGCCUAUUUGUUUGAAAAGUCCUUGCGACUCCAUCAAAGGGUCCACACCGGAAAAACCUACUAUAAGUGCGAUCUCUGCCAGGAACGCUUUGUCACGCACAUCAAGCUUAAAACUCACAUGCAAAAGACACACACCUCUCAGCCACCCGCUGAGGACACUCUGGAUGAUCUGAUAAACAUUGUGAUUUCCUAACCAAGAGGAACAGCAAAGAAUACUGUAAUAGCUAAGCACAUACAGAAACUGUUUUGCAUUCUGAGCGUAGCUCUCACUAAAUACUCACUAGCAGCAUAGAAAUCAAGCCUAGAACUUAUAUACCACACCCUCCAUCCAAAGUUAGACCAUUUAGACACAGGGAUCGCUGCGUCGUGAAUGUGAGCCGUGAGCUUUAUCUAGAAUAUACCAUAGGGAAAUGUUAUAUUUUACUAUAUAUGACCCUUAUCGUAAAUAUAAAAACUAUAUCAUAUUUAUUCCUUCUUUCUGACCUUACUCAGUAGUCUCAUACCUUCUAUCAUCUCUGAUUCAUACUCAAGCCUUAUAUUAAUCCCUUAAUCAUUGCUGACCAUUUAGCGAUAAGCAAUAAGAAAAACAUGUUGUUAAAGAAAUUUAAGCAAUUAAGCAACU